GACCCCCGCUUGUGCUCGGUGUACCGAGAGAGCUCAGGCAUGCCAUCUGUCUCGACUGGCAACACUGUUGUUGUCUGGGCCGAAAUUCGUUUCACUACUUGAGGGAAUCAAAGUUGCUGCAAUGGAGACUCCCGGGAGUGAUGCGGCUCUCACACACUUGGGGAAAGCUGAAGACAGAGACGGAUAUUAUGAUGUGGAACAUCUGCCUCCGCUGCUGGAGGAUGAGGAGAACGUGUCCCUGGCAGACAUCCUUUCUUUGCGGGACAGCUGUUUGUCUGAGGAGGAGGUGUGGGCGGUGUGUGCAGAGUGUGCUCUGGCCCUGCAGAGCAUCAGACCCUCCCACCUCUUCCAUACCCUUUGCAUAACGCCCGACACGCUGGCCUUCAACGCCCAUGGGAAUGUUUGCUUCAUGGAGCAGCUCAGUGAUGAUCCAGAAGGCUCCUUUGUGCCUCCUGAGUUUGACAACACAGGCAGCACGUUUGAGGGCCAUGUUUACUCUCUGGGCUCUACGCUUUCUGCUGCACUGAACUUCGUCAUUGAGCCGGAGCUAGAGGCAGAACUGGGAGAAGAAAUCCAGAAGCUGUUGGAACAGAUGCAGGAGGAGAAGCCCGAGGACAGGCCGUUGCUGCAGGACAUCGUGUCUCUGGCUGAAGCUCGGCUGUCUCACACCUCCUCUGCUGCUGUGUGCCGAAAGCUGUCUUCUGUCGGGCGACGGGUGCUUUCCAUUGAAUCAGUUUCAACAUUUCAAGAUGGGCAGGAAGGCUCCUGGGAGGCAAGAUGGCAGCAUCCGAAACCCAGAUGUCUGCUCAGAAGACUGAGCUCAGAUGAUAAUACCAAAGACCUGUGCAGUGAAAAUUCUGUGAAGGCAAAUAGUCUGUCCAGGCAGCAGGUGUGUGCGGGCUGGGACUCCUCUCUCUGGGCUGAGGAUAUGGACAACAGUGAAGGAGACGGCAUGAUCCUGGCAGACGAGAUGGACUGCAGGUCCCACAACAGCUCCCCAGUGAGGAGGCGAGCCCAGCAGAGGCUGAACAGGGUGAGGGGGGCUCUCAACCGCUCCUGCUCUGUCCCGGACUCCAACAACCCCCCCUGUCUCUCCCCUCCACCACACGGAGAUAUCAGUAUACCGGUGUCCGACCUCACUGAGAUAGGAGCAGAUGAACACUCGAGCUGCAAUUCUAUGUGGAGUAACAGACUUCAAAGGCUCAACCGGGGCAGGUCGUGUGAAGCUUACCCUCAUAGUAGCACUGAGGAUUAUGUGAACUCAGUUGUGGACAACCAGAUGUCACAAGAGAACAAGGAUGCUGCAGAGACUUUGUGCAGUGGAGAAACAAAGAGUCAGGAGUGCCACGAAAGUGAAUCUGAAUGUAUCCAGGAUUUAGCAUCUUCCUGUCAGGACCUGGAAAUGGACCAGGACUCUUCUGGGGACCAGCGCUCAUCGAACAACAGCCUCUACAUUCCUAAUAACCACAUGACCAAAAGCAUGCUGUGCCUGAAUGAAGAAUCUCAGGAUGAGUGGAUCUCUCUAAGAGAGUUACUUACUCGUGGACGGAGGCUGACGGUUAAUGAGCUGUGGGCUCUGUGUUAUACCUGUCUGUCCUCACUGCAGACCUACAUUGACUUUCCAGCGUAUUUAUGCCUUGACACAUUGUACGUGGGCUGCGAGGGUGAGGUGCUUUUCUUGAAGCCUAAAAACAUAGGACCCCUAGAUGAAUUUUAUCUUGCUCCCGAAUAUCAAGAACAUGGCAUUGUGACUGAAAAGGUUUGUGUGUACGGGGUUGCUGCUAUUCUCUGGGCCACAGCCAAGUUCAGUUUAUCACCCAAUCAAAAGCUGGCGAUGCCUCGCAAACUGAAGAGACUGCUCCUGGAGAUGGCAAAGAGGACACCCAUUGAGAGACCUACCAUCAUUAUGGCUAAGAAGAGCUGUCGUGACUACUUAUCCCAUCAAGGGACAGAUGCUGAGACUGUGUGGAACAACCUCAUCAGCAGAGUUCACCCGCCAGUCUCAAAAUCCACAGAUGCAGAAGAUUUGAGUGCAACCGAAACUCAUCACAGCUCAUGUGAAGAGUCUGAACAAAACAACAGUGGCUUUGUGCCCAUGGCCACUGAGAGCCGACUGGCUCCUGUGCCUGGCCCUGUUCCCCACAGCUAUCCAGUCAGCAAGGAACUCCAACUCCCAGAGGCCUUCACUUCCACUGCCACACACUUCACCCCCAUCAUCCUGACCAAUGAAAGGGACUCAGAGGAGGAGAGCCAAAAUCUUGGAGCUGCCAUUGAAGGGACUGAGGAUGGAUUCACAAAAAUCAGUGAACACAUCGAGGAAAGGGAUGUUGAUUUCACUUCACUCUCUGAGUACCCAUAUCCUGCACAGACUGAACCCAAUCUACACAUAGAGGAGUCGCCUGUUAGUCAGGCAAUAACUACAACUGCUACAACUUCCAGUGACAAGAUACUGGUUAACUCUUCUUCUACACUCCCCGAUGUUUCCUGUCUUGAAGUGUCUCUUCCUCCACCAUUAUCCUCUAACCUUAAUGGUUGUGGUGUCUUCAACAAUUACCUCUUCCGUCAGGAUCCCAUAACAGGACGUCUUUCUUUAGUGCCUGUGCAGGUCAGGGCCCCUGAGUCUCUCCUCGGGUUAGAUAUAAAUCUCUCGCUGGUCCCACAGCCUUUGCAAGGACUAAUCACAGUUCCAGAGAACGUUGAAGGUCCCUUUAUUAACUGUCUGAAUGUGCCUGUGAGGCCUGAAGCUCAGGAAUAUGGCCCACCAUCAUAUUUCAAUGGUAGCUCCAUCAUUUCUAACAGCCACCUGGAGCACAGUGUGCCCAGAACUCACAAUGGACAAACAAAUCCAGGAAUGCAAGGUGAGAACCAGUCUCCCUCAGAGUCCGUCGCCCCCAAAGUCCACCCUGCCUUAAAGGAGGUGAUUGACCUGCUGAAGGGAGAGUUUUCACUUAAUGGCUAUCUGAAUAAUGGAAGUGAGGACAUCGCCAUGGGGGAGUACAUCUUCUCUUUGAAGGACCUCCAGUACCACACGUUCGCCAGUGUUGUGAAGGAGAGGUUCAGUGAUGUGUACUGGGAAGAAGACUUGCUGGGUGUUUUACACUGCCUGGUCAACUACAGCCCAUCCACACCCGGCUCUGAUGAGCAGCCUUCUUCAAAGGCUGUGAAAAGGGCAGCUCUCACCCCACCCUUAAUAGCAACUGUCUGGAGAGGGAAGGGAGAAGUUUGCCUGCACGGCCAUCUUGAUCUGAAUGGAAACAUUCACACUUCCAGUCCUGCUGCUGUGGAUUCUUGGGAAGAAACCGAGGCCCGACCCUGUCAAAAUGAGACUGCACCUGAAGAUUUUGAAUUGAGAUCGGAGCAGAGUCAGCACUCUGUCAGUGAAGGUGUGAGCAUGGACUGUUCAGACACAGGGGUCAUGGAGGGAGGAGAUCAUUCAGUGGGGGGCAGCGAUGAAAGCCCCUCUGAAGCCGAGUUUGUGUCGGGGAGAGAGGAAGGGCUGCCGGGAGCCCCGGACGAGCAGAUGAGCCCUGACUGCUCGGAGGACAUGGAGGACAGCGACUCCCUGGCGUCAGAGCGACUCCUCUCGCCUGGAUCCAGAGCAGAGGGACCGGGCCUCAGCUUAAGCCCAGUGUGGGCCUCUGCCUUUUUUGGAGAAGACUGUUUUAGUCCAGAGGUGAUACAGUACGCGGUGAAUCUGGGACAGCACACGGGAUCACCAUGUCUAGAUGUGAAAACGCAGGAACUGCAGCAGCAGCUGAUAAUUGAAACAAGGAAUCUAAAGAAAACGAGAAAUUUCUACCAGAAGCUGAUUCAACAAGAGAGGAAAAAUAAAGGUUCUGAGAGCAAACUGAUGCUGUCUAAACUCAAGUCCCAGCUUGAGGAACUCAGAUCCAAAGUGGGCUUCUUGGAUUGUGUGAAGAAAUACCUUGAGAUUCUGAGUGUGGAUCAGUGGGGGUUGGAGGUUUCAUUACUACCUUCUUUGGCUGUCGCUGGACCUGGAUCAUUGGACCUCCAAUCCUCUGAAGACCCGUCUGUUCUGAACUUUGGCACCAGCAAAGGGAAGAGCAGUCUGCAGGCUGGCUCUUCUCUGGGCCUCAUGGCUUACCUCUACACAAGAAAUGCUGCCAUGGAGGGCUAUAUCCAGCAGUUCCUGUAUACCUAUCGUUUCUUCUGCACUCCUGAGCAGUUACUGCAGUUCAUAAUGGAUAAAUUUGUCAGUGCAGCAAGAGAAGGUCCAGACAUGUCAGGAGACAGUGAGAAGAUCUUCCAUCGUAGUUUGGACGUGCUCCAGUUCUGGAUAACAGACUGUAAACAGGUGGACUUCACACCCAAGUCCAACCUUGUGGAUACAUUAGAAAACUUCCUUAAUACUGAGGUGAUUCCUGUCGACAGCCGAGGGGAGGCCCUUCUUGCUGCUCUCCGCAGCCCCCCAAGUACAAGGUGGAGUCAAGGAAGAGAUAGCCUUAUCAGCAUAGAGGACGACGAUGACUCUGUGUGCUUGUAUUCGUCCACUGAGGAUCUCGGCAGAAAGUGGAGGAUUUCAAGAGUGGUGGAGCCCUCUGCGUCCAUGCCUAAAGACAAAGCCUUCUCCAUUGCUGCAGCUCUGCCUAUGCCUUGCUAUCCCUCCCUGGUCGAUGACCUCUCCAGUGUCUGCCUGCACAGUGAGGAGCGACUCCCGUUCAGCAAGAAUGAAUACAGCGCACAGCACGUAGCCCAACAGCUCACACUCCUGCAGCAGGAAAUGUUCCAGGAAUGUCAUCCAGUUCAUUUCCUCAACUCCAGAGUCCACGGAGUCGGGGACAAAGUCUCCAUCCCAAACAAGAAUGUGUCCCAGAACGUGCCGCCAGCAGAGGGCAGCGGUCUGCUCAUGUGUGAGGGGACGCUGUCAGACAGCCAGCUCCAGCGGCUGCUCACAUAUGCUGACAGCGUCACUAACUGGAUCUCCUCUGAAAUAGUCAUCUGUGACUCCACCAAGACACAAGUUGCUUUGCUGACCAAGUACCUGUGGAUAGGAAAACACUGCUAUGAAUCAAGGAACUUUGCCACAGCCAUGCAGGUCCUCCGAGGUCUGGAGAACGUGACUGUCAAGCAAUUACCAGCUUGGAAACAUCUGUCUUCCAAGGUGUUUGAGAUCCUGGAGGAGCUGCGAGCUGUGCAGGUGUUCCUGAAGAGCGACGACCUGUGUCUGAUGGGGGCAGAGCACUCGAGGAGGAGGCCCACCCUGCCGUCAUCGCACAUCCUGGCCAUGCACGUCCAGCAGCUGGAGAUCGGGGCCUUCACGCUCACGACCGGAGCCUACAAGUGGACCAAGCUCAGGCGCAUCGCAAAGGUUGUGAGUCAGGUCCACGCCUUCCAGGAGGCAGUGUACUCCUACAGCCCGGACCGGGAUCUGCAGGCCUACCUUCAGCGCCGCAUCGCCCGGCUGGCCACCUCUGACAUCCACCUUCUGGCCUCGGACAAGGAUGCCAACUUCCAGCAUUCCAGCGAGCGACAAACGCGGAGAAUCCAGGACACGCUGAGGAGGGUAAAGGCCACCUUCCAGUGAGCCGUGCCCCGGUCGCAUAUCAUAGCCCUGGAGUAAGUCACCACCAACAGGUCAAGGCCCAACCCUCAGAUGCCUCUGUUGUCGUGGCAACAGAGCCUAGUAGACUGGAAAACAUUUUCCGCUGUCGUAUGUUCAUUUUGUUCCCUAACUUCAGUCGGUAAAAUCAGUUUAACUUUAUUUAUAACUCACACCCUUUAGAUUACACAGGUUCUGCUGUUGGUCACACAUCUGUUUGGUUUUGAUAUUCAACAUCUUUCUUCACAAAGAUAAAAAUAAUGGCUGAUGUUUGUAAUUUGCAGUAUUUCUCCCUCAGCUCAUAUACUGACAUUUGUUAUCUGACCAUGUAAUUUAGCUGUUAAGGCCUCCAUGUAAUCACAUGUGGACUGAACAUGGCAGGAAUAGGGAAUAUAUUUCAAAAAAUACAGGCUGGCAAAGUGGGCAACUGCACCAGGGCCUGAGAACCCCAGGAGCCCCUGACAGCCACAAGCUCGCUGUGUAGCAGCUGCAGUAAUAUGAUCAACUGGGACUUAAUUUAGGAAUAUGCACCAUUAAAGCACAAGAUAACUGACAUGAUGAGGGCAAUAAGGUGGAAUCCUCCUUUAUUAGCCAAACUGGGAAUGACAGUGUUAGUCUGUCAGCCUGUCAGUCCUUUAUUUUAUUAUUCAUUUAUUUUUUGCAGUUAAAUUUAAGUUUUUCCCGCCACUGUCAGAUCGUCAGAUGAUGUUUAGUUUGCUCAACACAGAUUAAAUUUUCAGGUAAACUUUGUCAUCUCAAAUUCCCUCUGGAUGUUGUCUUCAACAAGAAGCCUGGACUUUGUCACCGGUCCAUGGUUUGUAAAAUGUCUGUCAAUGAACUAACAGCUAAAACAGUGUUUUCACACUUGCAGGUUCCUGCAGUGGAAGGGCUAUAUAGUGCUAUAGAGAGAGGUGAGACACAAUCAUCAUUAAACUAUAGGGUAACAGUUCACACCUUCAGUCGCUCCAGGAGGACAUAAAGUUGCACUCUGUUGUGACAGAUGUAGUUGUGCAUCAAAAAAAAAAAAAAAGGAGGUUAAGUUCAAACACAGGACAACAACUGCAAGAAAUGGGCACCAAUGUUGGAUUGUCAGACACAGCCCCCCCUCUCCCCCACUUCUGACGUUGCACACGUGCGGCGGGAAGGAUUCCAAAGCUAUUCAGUAUAGUAUACUGGCGCCUUGUUAGCUAAUCUAAAGGGCUGUGUCUUAUGGUCUUGCGCAAAGAUCUAAUUUUCAGACCUCCUUCAUUUCAGCUGAUAUUGUACGUAGAAGGUGCAUAUUCCUGAAUUAGAUCAUAUUCAAUGAACUCAUCACACAGCAAACUGGGGGGCAUGUCUUUCCAGCAGAGGAACAACCUGCACAGUGCAAACAAGGAGGAGGGAAUGGGGGUAAAUAGGGGCCCAGCAACUAAUUUUUGUCCUUGGUCCUAUUCCAGGCCUUGUCAAACAUUCAGAUAAAAUCUAUUUGAUGUUGCUGAAUUGUGUCUGAUUUGUAGGAAACAUUACUAAUAACGCAGAAUGGUUAAUCAUUCGUUUUUUUACCAAUUAGGACUUUACCAAAAUGAGAUUUAUAUGACUAGCUUGGUAAAUUAAUAUCUAAUAUUAAUUCCAUUUAAACAGCACAAUGUGAAAUAAUUGCGUUUAUUAUCAAUAGUGUGUCGUGAAGCUAGACAAGCUUGCUGUCACGACAGUACCUUACUAUUACAGAGAAAAUGAUAGAACAUAAUGAGAUGUCAGUGCAAAAUGUUAUAUGAGGAGUGAAGCUGAGUCUGUGUCUAUUUUUCUAUUUUCCUGCCCGCUCUCUCUCCUCCAUGGUUUUUUGCCCUGAAACACACCGUGGAGAUGGAAUGUGACGUGCU